AUGCAGGCCGACACAGGGUUUGAGACAGUGACAGCCCAUAAUGAAUGGAACCGCGAGUGUUUAAACGACGUCACAGGAGACGUCAGAGGAAUCGAAGAGGUUAUGCAGCAAAGGGCGCCUGUGGUGCCAAAUAGUAUAAAGUUACAACAAUCUCAAAGUAGCCGUAAAGGCUUAGCAGCGAAUUUCUUCAAAGCAACAUUUAGUUCACGCAGCAAGGCACAGCCUGCUGCGUCUUCUUACACCGUCGAGGAACCAAGCAAAAUAGGCAGCGCGGAGACCAAACCUGUUACUAGAAAUCGGCCUAGGACAGCACCAACAGAAACAAAACUCAAGAGACGAAGCACCGAACGCCCGAAUUUAGUCCUAAAACCCGAGAAUUCCUUAGACCCCGCCAGACCUCUCAGACAAAAAUCGGUAACAGCCGACCCAACACCUAAAACUCCUGACAAAAAUGACCUGAAACCGGCGAACGUUGUGUUGAAAAUCAUCAAAAAAACACCCGCCCCACAAAAACCGGCGCCAAAAAUACCUGACAGCAUCCUACCGCCAUCUUUAAAACCGAAGGAUGAAAAAACUAAACUGUCAAGGACAAAGUAUGUAAACAAUAAUAGUGUGUGGACGAACGCUAAUGCCCUUAGAGAACGAAGAGGAAUUUUAUCUUUAAGAGGACCGGCUCCAGGGAAGGAGUCCACCCUGAAGGGCGCCCCGUCUGUGUCCAGCCUCGACUCAAAACACCACAAGGUAGCGCCCGCGAGAGAAAAGACGCUCAAACUUUUUGGGUCCAAAGAGAAGUUGAAUAAAGCUCAUAAGAAGAAAGAUCUCGGGAACAAUAAUGCGGUGCUGGAAGACCCCGAAUUAAGGGAGGGUUUCGAGUAUGAUGACGCGGUGCGCACGGACUACGGGAGCGCGGAAGAGCUGGGGAGAGGACCCGGAGACGAGCGAGGGUCUCAGGAGUGUAUAAGUCUGCCGGUCAACUUGAACUCGGAGCACAUGCCCGGCUUUCAGGACGUCGAGCUGAGGCCGAGAGUCGCUUCCGAGGCCUCAUUGACAGCAGGAGCGCGAGAGAUAGAGUCACUGAGGAGGGAACUAGAAGAGACUAGCAUGGAGAGGGUAGUGCUGCAGAACCGAGUUGAUGAGCUGCUGGAGAAGGCUAGCGAGGCGGACAGACUAAGAGCGGAGUUGGAGAGAAUAAAGAGCCAGGAGGCGGAACGCGAAGCGGCGCUGGAGCGGCUCGCGGACGAGAACGGUGCGUUGCGCGCGCGGUUACGCGGAGUAGCGCACUCGCCGCUGUCGGACAGCGAGAAGCGGCAACUGCUGCUUGCGCCUGCGCCGAGGCGGAUGCACUCCUCGGCACCUGCCUCCAUAGCUCUCGCUCACAAUGGCGAAGGGGACAACGGUGAAAGUAGUACCCCCGAAUGGGACAAGCAUUCCUCUUCAUCCCUCAGCGAGGUGUCCGUGGCGUGUCUGCAGGACAGGAUACUGCAAAUGGAGGAACACCACUACAGGCAAAUAUCUUCAUAUAUUUUAAUUAAUAUGCCCGGCACAAGCGAAGAACUUCAAGCGACACUAGCUGAACUGGCCGACCUGCAGUCGCAGUUGGCCGACGCGCACGCCGACAACGAGCGACUGGCCGACGAGAAGCAAGUGCUCCUCGAAUCGCUUUGCCGACAGACCGAAAAACUUGAAGAUAGUAGAACUAAAGUCGACACUCUUCAAGAACUACUGCUGCGUGAGGGAAUCGAACCUGAAACGCUGGGUCCAAUAGACACCGAUCAACAAUUGUUUGCUGUGCUCAAGGUGUCGCAAGAGGAACGCCGUCUCUUGUUGAGCAAGCAGGAACAGCUGGAGGCGGAGCUAAGCGAAAGCAAAUCAGCCCUCGACGAGAAAACCAAAGAAAUCGAAGCCCUCAAUGAGAGGAUAAGAGCAUUAGAGGGCACAUUAGAACGAACAGAAGCGGAGAAGACCCAAUGGGAACACGAAGCGGGUGCUGCCCGGGAAGUCGCAGCAGCCAGGCAGCAUCAGGUCACUACGCUCAACGAGCUGCUUGAUGCUGCUAAAGCAAAGUUGGCAGGUGCAGCUGAAGGCGCUGCGCAAGCGGAGGCAGCAGCAACAGCGGCAGCUAGACGCGAAGCGGAAGCGGCAUCGGCGCGUGCGCACGCUUUAGCAGAACGGCUUGCGCAUGCGCAGCGGCAACUAGAUAGAGCUCACUCGGAUGCCAGGAAACUGCAUGAUGAUGCACUGGUAUCUCGAAACAACGCAAAAACUACAAUAUCAGAGCUAGAAUUCCAGUUGGAGCAGUUGCGGCAAGAGAAAGCUGCUUUGCAAGGGGAGUUGCAAACCUUGCAAGAGAACACGUCGGAACUUCAAAUACAAGUACAAGUAGCAACAGACGAGAAGCUAGCGUUGAUGUCCCGUGCCGGUGAAGCGUUAGCACGUGCUGCGGAUCUUGAACGGCAGUUACAGGAUGCACGCGCAAAGAACACUCAACUCGCUCGAGAACGAGAACGGGACGAAGCAGAAUGGAAACAGUUCCAAAGCGAUCUAUUAAUGACAGUCCGAGUCGCGAAUGACUUUAAGACUGAAGCGCAACGGGAAUUGGAAAGACUCGUCUCGGAGAACAAGGUGGCGCGAGAUCGAAUCCGGCUCCUUGAGGACCAAAUGCAUUCUCUUAAAGGUAUAGACAAUUCAGAAAUUUGCGGUUUUGAACAAGAAUCAGAUGAUCGCAAUGAUUCUGACUAUGUCGAGACUCCCAACGGGUCGACUGUAGAUAUAUUUCAAAAUAUUCGAACGAGAUAUCUCUCUCGAGUGCAUAGCGUCACUGAGUCGAAAGAAAGUAUCGUUGAUCAAGCGUUUUUCAAAUUAAAAACUGCGCCGAAUGCAAAUGAAGAUAUUGGAGACGGAAAUAAAAUAUCAAUUGAAGAUGUGACUUUAGAUGAAACGAAUGACGAUGAUCUUCUCGACAGAACACCUACGAAAGAAAGUAUAGACAAACCCUUUUUACCUCUGCCGUCGAAUAAGAAACUACAACGACAGGAUUCCUUUGACAUUCCCAGUGGUAAACUCGCGAGACAAAACGCUUUAAUGAUCAGUGAUGACACAGACAGUCAAUUUCUCUCCAGAGGAGAUUACAAUGAGCAUUCACUACAAAAAAGACAGUUCGGAGGCACUUCCCAUAAUUUAUUUCGGGGUAAACCUAAAUCGUAUAGCUUGGAUAAUCUCAACUCUAACACUGAAUUUAAAGAUGUACUUAGCGAAGCUACUAGUAUAGAGUUUUGUAAUAUCCCUUGUAUUAGUAAUGUGUCUUUAUCGUCUGAGGGUUCUGAUAGUGUUUUUCUAUCUCCUAUCAUCAAAUCUAACUAUAUGGCAUAUGAUAUUUAUAAACAUAAACCACCUUUAACACUACAAACAUUUAAACCAAAGGAAAAUGUGUCGAAUUUUGACGUUGAACCACAAUAUGAAAAACAUGUAGUACCUAUAAUCAAAGCCGAAUCUAUUCUUCCAAAUGUCUAUCCAACUGUUUCUGAAAGUCCACUUUCUUUAACACGAGAUGACCUGCUACAAGAUGAUUUAAGAAAAGUAAAUGAAGAUUUAAAAACAACAUUUCAAGCCGCCAUAACCAGGAUUAGUGAACAAAAUUUGAAUAAUGACCAACAUUUUUGUUCAGAACAAGAUUUACAGAUGGCAACAAAGGAAGUAAAUGCUCAGUGUUGCCAUGCAUACUUAGACAGAAAAAUCGAGGGUAGCCCUCCUAAACCUGAAAGACGAAAAAAUUACUUAAAAAAGACUAAUCAAGAUAAUGCAAUAGAUGUGACACCUGGAAAUAAUAAGCAACUUUUUAAUGAUACAGUAGAUAGCAAUACUAAUCCGUUUAUAGAAUAUGCUAACGAUCAAAAUUUAUCUAACAACACUAACCCUGCUAUCGAAGAUAACGUUAGUUAUCGUUUGCGGAUUAACACUGAUCUACCGCCCCCAGUUCCUUGUAAAACCACUUCGCAGACAAGCAAACGUAUAACAGAGGUUUCGAAUCUCCCAAAAUUGAAAACAGUAAUAACCCCAAUAACUAUUUUAAAUAAAAGCGAUCCCCAAACAUCCCCAGUAAUAUUGAGUCCUGUUUUAGUAAAGCCUGUUUAUUUCAAACAAUAUUAUGCGAUUUCACAAGAAGAUCACGAUGACAAACCUAAGAAAACUACUGUGUAUUAUGAUGAUACAGACAGGGUGCUAAAUGAGGAAAGUAAGACCGUAAAAAGAGUAACAAAUGAGAAAAAAAUGGAUGCAACAACGUUUAAUACCCCUGAAAUAUUAGACAACGAUAGCAAGAAACAAAGUUUGUAUCUGAAAAAUACAAAGCCGAAACUGCUUCAUUUUCUCACAAAGCGGACUGAUUCUGUCGAACAGGAACGAUCGACAAUGUCCGGUGUAGAAGGUCAUAAUGUUGCUAAACUAUCAACGUCACCUCAAUGGUUAAUCGACAACAAAUACUACCAGCCUAUGGAAAAUGUUCCUUUUGUCAUCAACACAUCGCAGACAUUUGUGAAAUCACCACCCAUAACCCAAUUCCAUGAAAGUCUAAGCAGUUUAAGGAAGAACACAUUACAGAAAAAAGAAGAAUCGGAAAACUACUACGAAGAGAUCGGCGAACCAAUUUGCUUGCAUGCGAAUAAGAAUAUAGCCGAUGACGAUAAAAUUACUAAUAAAACCCUCAAUGACGAAUUCGAGUUAUUAAAACGCGAAGAAAUUUUAAAGGUACCACGUAAACCAAAGAAACCGAAAACGCAUCCAUCAAAAGCUAUGAGCCCUAGCGAAGACACCACGGACAUCGUGAAAGAAAUGUCGCAAAUUACUAAAUCUGUCAUCUCUCUAUCGCGAUCUCCCAGCGCAAACAGUUUAAAGAAACCGUCAGGAAUCGGACAAAUAAUACAGAGUUUAGAAAAGAAACCUAAAGGGGAGGCGAGGAAAAGCCCUCUAUCCAUAAGAAAGUUCUCUCUACAGCACCAAACCGGUCCCAGUUUAACCACCAGUACUAGUUCUCUGCCUCGAGACAAAAAAUACCACUGGACGACGUUGGAGCAUAAAAGGCUAUCGCACCCAAUAAGGUCAUUAAACGACACGACGCAUCCUCUACCUCUGCCGCCGCGAUCUGAAGAGACGCCGCCCCCUCCUCCGUUACUCUCGAGUGCUUCUCUUCAGGAUAUUAUGGCGACAGCGGCGUCACAUCGUAGGACCAAAGGUGUCAAUCGCCAAGACUCUCGUUUAUCUGUAAAGUCUCUUAUAGAGAGUAUAGAGAACGCGGCGAAAGCAGCCAAGCAAUCUCCCGCGACCACGCCCGUCACGGAAUGGCCCCAGGUGCAGGCGACAACAGGUGUGACUGCAACAGCGAACAACAUAAAGAACGGCAUGUCAGAUCCACCUUCCACCAAUGGACUUCAGGCUCCAAGCUUCAUUAACAAGCCGCCAGCGCCCAGGAGUAAUAGGCCGUCACCCAUCCCCGCCGAGUCCGGUGGAGUGACGAACAUGGCGAACAUGCCGGACGAGCAGAGGGCGCUCGCGUCGCUGCAGCAGAAGGCCAUCGAGUCCUUCGUCAGGCGGAACAGCUACGGGGACAUUUGUGAAAGAAAAGAUCCACUCAACGCUCUGCAAAUCAAGAAUGGAGGUUCGAAGCGAAAUGCUCUGCUCAAAUGGUGUCAGCAGAAGACGUUGGGAUACAACAACAUCGACAUCACCAACUUUAGUUCAUCGUGGAACGACGGUAUGGCAUUAUGCGCUCUAUUGCAUUCCUAUUUGGGCGAAAGUCGCAUUCCCUACGCCUCAUUGACGCCAAACGACAAACGGACUAACUUCUCAGUAGCCUUUGCCGCUGCCGAAUCAGUGGGAAUACCCACCACUCUGAACAUUCAAGAUAUGAUCCAGCAGGAACGCCCCGAUUGGCAGCAGGUCAUGGCCUACGUCACCAGCAUUUACAAACAUUUCGAAACGUAG